CAUCAAAUCACAUCCUCCGCUACUGCUCGUGGGGUGACCACCGUAUAGAGCUGAGUAGAAGCAGCUAUAUAUGUACACAGUACGUACCUCGUCCAGUGCUUGCUCACUUCUUUCAAACAAUAGUCUUCCAUCCACGCAACAAUCCUCUCGCAACAAUGUCGACCGCAACCAGUGUAGGACUCCGUCCGACUCCUGCUCUCACAAUUCCUCUCAUUUCCUCCUCACUGACCCUUUUCUACGCCAUGGUCGAGCCUACAGUAUUCAUUCCCUUCCUUCGAGCCGCAAAAGAAGAUGCUCCUGCGGCCAACAGGAUCGUACGCCUAUGGUGGAUGAAUUACCUUCCUUCUGGCCUUGUCACAAUCUUCGGCACAUGCCUUCCGAGCAUAGUCGGUGGUCUGUACGCUGCACAACAUCUUCCAGAGAAUAGUUUAAGGCGGAGAUUGUGUUUGGCUGGCUCGGUUUUUGCGGCUGGACACUUUGCCUACGGCUAUACCAUUGCUCAAUCGAUCAAGAAGCUCGUCGACGAAGAAGAGGAAGCAAAGGGGAAGAGUAUGGACUAUGUCAGAAAGUGGCUUGAUAUUCAUCUAUGGAGGACGUUGACCACAGAUCUGCCAGCAUUGGUCUGCUUCGCUUGGGUUGCCUUCGGACCUGACGAAUGACCCAUGUACAACAGAGUAUUAUGCAGAGCUUGACCGCCAUCCAAUACGAGCCCCUUAUUCACG